AUGUCCGCGUCGAUAGUCGCCCAGCUCCUCUUCCUCGAAGCCGACAACCCUCAGAAACCUAUCCACCUAUACAUUAAUUCCCCUGGUGGCUCAGUGACAGCUGGUCUGGCCAUCUACGAUACAAUGACCUACAUCGCAUCCCCAGUCAGCACAAUCUGCGUUGGACAGGCAGCCUCCAUGGGAUCGCUACUGCUUUGCGGCGGCAAUCCGGGGAAACGGUACUGCCUCCCACACUCGUCUAUCAUGAUACACCAGCCCUCGGGCGGGUACUUCGGACAAGCGAGCGAUAUCGCCAUUCACGCCAAGGAGAUUCUCCGUGUUCGCAGCCAAUUGAACAAGAUCUACCAGCGGCACCUGACGGGGAAGAAAGUGCUGUCUCUUGAGGAGAUCGAGAAGUUAAUGGAGCGUGAUUACUUCAUGGGGGCGCAGGAGGCUUUGGAGAUGGGCAUCGUCGACGAGAUUCUGGACCGUAGGGUAAAGCCGCAGAAUGAAGGAGGAGAAGGCGAAGGGAAGCCGCCGAUGCCGUGA